CUAUUUCCCCGCAUUUCUCCUCUGUGCUCACUGCCACACGCAGCUCAGCCUGGGCUGCACAGCCAGGUGUCAGGAGCGUCUCUGCUGAUCUGAGUCUGCCUGCAGCAUGGACCUGCAUCUUCCCUGAAGCAUCUCCGGGGCUGGAGAGACGACUGCCAUGGCACCAUGGUGUCAUCCAUCUGCACAGCUGCAGCCAGUGGGAGGAGACGCUGUGACCCCUGCCCUCAUGGCUCUGCUCUGCCUCGGGCUUAGUCUGGGCCCCAGGACCCACGUGCAGGCAGGGCCCCUCCCCAAACCCGCCCUCUGGGCUGAGCCAGGCUCUGUGAUCAUCCGGGGGAGCCCCGUGACCAUCUGGUGUCAGGGGACCCUGGAGGCCCAGGAGUACCGACUGGAUAAAGAGGGAAGCACAGAGCCCUGGGACACACAGAAACCACUGGAGCCCAAGAACAAGGCCAGAUUCUCCAUCCCAUACACGACAGAGCACUAUGCUGGGAGAUUUCGCUGUUACUAUCACAGCCCUGAAGGCUGGUCAGAGUACAGCGACCCCCUGGAGCUGGUGGUGACAGGAUUCUACAACAAACCCACCCUCUCAGCCCUGCCCAGCCCUGUGGUGGCCUCAGGAGGGAAUGUGACCCUCCUGUGUGGCUCACGGCUGAGAUUCGACAGGUUCAUUCUGACUGAGGAAGGAGACCACAAUCUCUCCUGGACCUCGAACUCACAGCUGUCUCUUAGUGGGCAGUUCCAGGCCCUGUUCCCUGUGGGCCCCGUGACCCACAGCCACAGGCGGAUGCUCAGAUGCUAUGGCUCUCGCAGGCAUAUCCCACAGGUGUGGUCAGAACCCAGUGACCUCCUGGAGAUUCCGAUCUCAGGAUGAGCGAUGAGUAGAGGAACAAGAACAGACCUGGUGAGCAGGAUUUGGGGUCCAGGCCUGAUUUGGAACAUCGGGAAGAUGCUGGGGAUGGUGGAGGAGGAAGAGAGACAGGCAAGUUGGAGAGAGGACAGAUGGAUGUUCCCUUGGCAUCUCUCACUUCUCGUUUCCAUGAGAUCCUGAGGAUGGAGCCCCUCACCCACACCUGCGGGGUCCCUGGGCCCACUCAGGACAGGGGAGGACGCUGCUCCGGCCUCGAUGAGAUCUGAUUGUGAUGAGGGUGGAACCCAUCCCAGACCUGCUCCUUUAGAGAGAAACACCCCAGCUGUGGGUACCGCUCUCAUGGCCCCUCCUGUCUUCAACCGGAGGCCUCUUCGCUCAGGGCACCCCUGAGACUAAGGAGGGGCCGUGCACCUGCUCCCGGCAGUAAGUUAGGAACUUAUUCACAGCACAUCUUGUCUGCUGUUCAUUGCUACUCUGCAUUUGCUGGGCAUGCUUGUCUAUUUUCUCUUCUUCUGAAUCUUUUAAAACAAUAUUUGAAUAUUUAAAUUUGUCUCUUUAAGAUAUGUGGAUUUAUGAUUUAAAAACCAGUAAUUCCACUCCCAUUGUUGUGGGGCAUAAUUCAAUAUUUACAUUUGCUUUAUAAAAUUAGUUGUUAACAGCAAGUAUUUCUA